AUGGAAGAAAUCCUGCGUCACAUCCAAUCGGACUGGAAGGAUAUGGAGGGAGACGAAUGCGUCCCGGUCAAGAUGGCGCUCCGGCUUAUGGAUCCGAGCUCGUUGGGGUUGGCCGACAAAGAAGGCGACUUUGCCGAUACCCAUGUGGAUUUGCAGAAGAGCUUGAAGACCGUGGUCAAUGAACACUAUGCCGACUUUAACAGCGCCGUGGGCACAUAUCAUAAGAUUCAGAACGCGAUCAAGGAAAGCCAGACUCGAGUCAGGCUACUCAAAGGCGGGUUGAUGAGCGUGAGAGGCGGAAUGCUGACCACCAGGCCUGAGUUGCGAGGCCUCGCUGAGGAAAGCAGGCAGCUGGACGAGCUGCUAGUCACCCUCGGCAAUAUCGAGUCGUUGAAGUCAAUUCCUGGAAAGCUUGAAGAGAAGAUCAGUGAGAAGAAAUUCCUGGGGGCAGUGGACCUGCUGAUGGAGAGCCUGAAAAGCAUCACCAAGAGCGACCUCGAUGGUAUUGGAGCCAUCUCCGAUCUCAGAAGUUACUUCGUCAGCCAGGAGAGUACCUUGCUAGACAUUCUUGUUGAAGAGUUGCACGAUCAUCUUUACCUUCGCAGCCCUUACUGCAUGGAUCGGUGGAGAGGCACAAAAGCUAAUGGAGAAGAAAGAGAUCCCAAGGACAAUCUCAUAGGCGGUGGUGAGAAUGCUUGGGACCGACCUUUCAAUAACUACCUGAACAAUGUGGAUGUCGCAUCUCCUAUGAUCGAAGACGCGUCCAAAAAUCCCGAGGCCGACACUUUCUAUUAUAUCCAUAUGAUUUUGGAGUCCUUGAACAAGCUCGGCCAACUUGGCGAGGCCAUCUCUAGGAUUGAACAACGGAUGCCGAUGGAACUAUACAAGGUGGUUGAAAGGACGAACACUGAAAUUGACGCCAAAUAUCCCAGCCAUUUGAGAGGCCGGCUCAACAAAGAAAGCCGAAAGGCCGUGCUUCUACAUCUCAACGACGGCCGAAGCCAGGUGUUGUCCGACUUCCUUUACACUCUGUACUCCAAAUUUGAGGCUAUUGCGGAGAGCCACCGUGUACUCCAUGAGAUUGUUGCCGGUAUAGCAAGGCGGGAGAAAUUGGCCAAGCCGGAAAAGUACACCGGCGGUUUCAAAGAGUUGUGGAAACUCUACCAAAUGGAGAUGCGGUCGUUGCUACAUGACUAUCUGGCUACGGAUGGCGACAUGGUGAUCCGGUCUGGCCUAACCACAACCUCCAGCAAUGACAUUUUUGCCCGUCCCCAGCGCGACAAGAACAAGAGGAUGUUCAAACUGUCGGAGAUGGACCAGAAAUCAGCGGCUAUGAAAGCUGAAGAGGAGGAGCUAGACGAUAUACUAAAGAGCUCGGUGCCUGGGUUGGUCAGCAAAUCUCGAGCUCUGAACGGAACAGAUGUCGCCUUGGAACGCAGCGGCCAGGACAGUUCGGCUGCCGGACACAAGUUGUUGAUCGAGCCGGGCGUCUUCAACAUGCCCGUUCUCCUGCCUCCGUCCCUGACCUUCCUGCAGCGUCUGAAGGAUGUGGUGCCUCCUACCUCGCACAUUCCGAUGAGCACGCUAACAUCAUUUUUGGACGAUUUCCUCAUCAACGUCUUUCACCCACAGCUGGAAGAGGCGGUCACCGAGCUCUGCACCCAAUGCAUGAUCGACUUGGAAGCCUUCUCAGAGGAUGCUCACUGGUCCAAGCAGUCGCCACAUCCAAUCUUCAAAGGCACCGUAUCCUUCAUGGCAUUGAUCCGCGCCUUUUCAGGGAUGCUGAGCUCGAUCCCUCAAGAUCAGAUGUUCACGCAACUCAUUAUCAACCAGCUGGUCACAUACUACGACAAGUGUUAUGGCUAUUAUAAGGCCAUUGUCAGCCGAGUAACGCCAUCAGAUAGCAAUCCAAAUGUCAACACGCUAACCCUGAAGGCGGCCGCUUCGCUCGCCCAAGCGGGAGAGGUUCAUGAUGCCGCUUUGGAGUUGCUCAAAUUGGACAGAUCGAGCAGCGAGGGUGUCGCACGGUCAAGGCUCAUCGCCAGGGAGGUUCAGUCGCUGCUUGCGGCCACAAAAGCGAACCCUCUGUCCUCCUACGACAUCAUCUCUGAUCCCAAAUCGGUCCACCAACUCUCGUUGCUCUACAACAGCAUGCAGUGGCUAUCUGCAGCCCUUGCGAAGAUCAGACAGGUCGAAACAAGUUCGCAUUCUGGGCUGUCACAUGCUCGAAGCGGUUCACAAAGCAAGAAUGCUCGUCGGUGGACAUUGAUCACCACUCUCCGGGGUCCUACGAAAACACCGUCUCUGCCUGGCGCUGCCAAUCCCAUCUUCUUGCCUUUGACCUCUGAAACCGCCAUUGCAUUCGAUCAGACCGUAUCGUCUUUCCGAACUCUUGCACAGACCAGUUUGUUGACUUUGCAUAUUGACAUCCGCUGCGGAAUCAUCCAUCAACUGUCUCGCACACUCAGCGGGCCGGGUAUGGUCAAGCCGACAUCACCAAUCGACAACCGGGACUCGUCUGGUUCCCUGCCACUUGAUUCUGGCCUGUAUCCUUAUGUUUUGUCGGGUCCACCCAGCUCGGCCUCACCCCUCGUUCUUGAAUUGAACAACGACCUUAUCGCUUUCGAUUCCAACAUCGCCGCCUACCUGGGCAGGAAGGAGCGUGACUUUAUUCUCUCGGGUCUCGCAAGACUGGUCGAUCGGUAUCUUGUCAUUGCCGCGGACAGGAUCGGGGUCAUGAACGAGAAUGGCGCAGAGAGGUUCAGGAUCGAUGCUAUGGUCGUGCAGCAAAACCUCCGGGCCAUUCUGGCCAAGGAUGUCGACGACGAGGAUUCUGGGCUGCUGUUAUCUUCCUCGCGAUACAUUGAUCUCUUCCUUUCUGGUCCGGAUUCAAUCCUCCAGCACGUCCAAGACCGCAAGUCUCAAAAGAAGGACGUGGGAUAUUCAUAUGAUGAGCUGAGGACACUGGUGGAAUUGUGGUUCAGUGCGAAGUUGAGGGGCGAGGAUCGCGAGGAGGCCAUAAGGGCGCGUAAGAGCUUGCAGGACGUACUUCUCGCGCUGGGCGAGGGAAUGUGGGAUUCUUGA